AUAGCACAUGCAUUGGUACUGUUGCCUGUCACAUCAUUGCUGUGAUUGGUGAUGUUCUUUCCAAGAUUUUGGACCAACGGGAUAUAAGAGCAGCGAUUCCUGAUGGUGGAUCAUCUCACCCAACCUGAUACCAACUCUCCACUCGAAUACCUUCGAACGCCAGACAACAUGCAACUCCAACUCUUUUUUGCGCUGUUCAGCGUGCUGAGUGCGGGUGUCCUUGCUGCACCUCUAGCCGUUCCUGCAGACAUAGACAAUGUCCUCAUUCCGAUUCAGGCGGACGGAGGUGUCGACUACUCUUAGGCCUCGCUCCGAGAAAAGGCGAGCAUGGGCGUUAUGGGAGUAAGCUUUCAACCUAUCGGAAAAACUGUGACGUACACUAAUUUUGCGCGUAG